ACGGCCUACAGAGUCCUGUCCCAGCAUCCUCAGAUCCUUGGCAGCAGAAUCGCCAUGUUGGGUCUGUCACUGGGCACCAGUAUCACCCUGAGAAUGGCUGUUUAUUCCGAAGUUGUAAAGCUCAGGUGUGCUGUUUGUAUCAGUGGAAGUCAUGUUCAACCACCAGAUGGAUCUGUGAUGGACAUACUCAGUUAUUUCAACACUAAUAUUGAGAAGACCCGGAUUGAGAACAAUGAGGUCAUCUGGCGUGAUCUGCUGCUGCCCAUCCCCUCGGACCCCACAAGCAAAGUGGAG